AUGAUCACUGGCAAGGACAUAUACGAUGUUUUUGCGGCCAUAGUCCCUCUAUACGUGGCUAUGAUCUUAGCCUACGGUUCCGUCCGAUGGUGGAAAAUCUUCACCCCGGACCAAUGCUCCGGCAUAAACCGCUUCGUGGCAGUUUUCGCCGUCCCAUUGCUCUCCUUCCACUUCAUCUCCUCCAACGACCCUUACGCCAUGAACUACAAGUUUAUCCUCGCCGACUCCCUCCAAAAAGUUGUCAUCCUGGUCGCCCUGUUUCUCUGGCGAGCCUUCUCCAAACGUGGCAACCUCGAGUGGAUGAUCACGCUCUUCUCCCUCUCCACCCUCCCCAACACCCUCGUCAUGGGCAUCCCGCUGCUCAAAGCCAUGUACGGCGACUUCUCCGGAACCUUGAUGGUUCAGAUUGUUGUUUUGCAGAGCGUGAUCUGGUACACUCUCAUGCUCUUCAUGUUCGAGUACCGCGACGCCAAGCUCUUGAUCUCCGAGCAGUUCCCAGAGACUGCAGCUUCGAUUACGUCGUUCAGAGUUGACUCUGAUGUCGUUUCGCUCAGCGGUCGAGAGCCUCUGCAUACAGACGCGGAGAUCGGCGACGACGGGAAGCUUCACGUCAUGGUGAAACGAUCCAAUGCGUCGUCUUUCAACAGGUCACACAGGUUAAACUCGUUGAAUUCGAUGACCUCGCGGGCUUCCAAUCUGACUGGAGUCGAGUUUUACUCCGUGCAGUCUUCCCUUGAGACCUCACGGGCAUCCAGCUUCAACCAGACGGAUUUUUACGCCAUGUUUAGUGCCAGCAAGGCGCCAAGCCGCAAACACGGCUAUACAAACAGUUUCCAAGGUGGAUUUGGGGAUGAUGAGGAGGCGUUGAAGAUGAGCACUACUAAUAAGAAGAGGAGGGAGAGGAGUAUGAGUUGUGAGGUCUUAUAUGGUGGUAUGGUCUCUUCGUAUCCGCCUCCUAAACCAAUGUUCUCGAGGUCUACCAGUGGCAUGCCGAAGAAGAAAGAUGGUGGUGGUGAGGCAGUGCAUAAUAAGGACCUCCAUAUGUUUGUUUGGAAUUCCAGUGCAUCGCUCGAUUCCGAAGGGAAUCUUAGACAUGCAGUAAAUCGAGCUGCUUCCACUGACUUUGGGGUAAUUGAUCCUUCAAAGGCUGCUGCUCUUCAACAACAUGAAACUGCUGCUUCAAAAGGUAUGCAUGAUUUAAUUUUAAAUAUGAGUCCUGGGAGGAAAAUGAGUGAAGACAGGGUGCUUGAGAUAGAAGAAGGAUCCAAGUUUCCGGCAAGUGCGUCUCCGUACAGUAGUUUCCGGAAGAAGGUGGACAUGGAAGACGGUGGUGUAGCCAAGAAGCACCAAAUGCUUCCUGCCAGUGUCAUGAUUAGACUUAUACUUAUCAUGAUAUGGAGGAAGCUUAUUAGAAACCCCAAUACCUACGCCAGCCUUCUUGGCUUGGCCUGGUCUCUCAUAUCAUACAAGUGGCACAUCAAAAUGCCAACAAUUGUAAGUGGAUCCGUAUCGAUAUUAUCUGAUGCUGGCUUGGGAAUGGCUAUGUUCAGUCUCGGAUUAUUCAUGGCUUUACAACCAAAGAUCAUAGCUUGUGGAAAAUCUGUUGCAACAUUUGCAAUGGCUGUCAGGUUUUUAGCAGGCCCAGCAGUGAUUGCUGGAACCUCUAUUGCUGUUGGUCUUCGGGGAGUUCUUUUACAUGUUGCAAUAGUUCAGGCUGCUCUUCCUCAAGGCAUUGUUCCUUUUGUAUUUGCCAAGGAAUACAAUGUCCACGCAGACAUACUUAGCACUGCGGUCAUUUUUGGAAUGCUGUUAGCCGUGGGCGUAACAAUUAUUUACUAUAUUCUUCUUGGGCUCUAG